UCCUGUCCUUCCCAGUUGUUUAGUUAAUGGCGGACAGUGAACUGUUAUCUACGGCUUUUUUCGCUCUUGACAGGCAAAAAGGGGACCGUUUCGGCGAAGGGUACUUAAUCUAACCCCUGGGAAGAAAUUCUCGAAGGGACAGUUUCGUUUUGACUCGGUUCCCGAAGUUGUCUUCUCCGUAGCCUCCGCGCUAGCCGCGCCGGCGACCGUUACGUUACCUGGGUCGGCGGCCUGGAGACGCCGGGUAGCCAUGCAGCUCACCGGACAUGUUGUCGUUCCUGCCUCCUGAGAUGUACGGAUAGGUUUUGCAGAUAUACGUCUGGUUGGGAGAACAUGAGAAUGACCGUAGAUAUCCGGCCGAGCUGAUUAAUUCGCUUGCAGCGAGUUUGUUUGCUUAGCCGGCUGUAGAGAGAACUACAGUGCUGUCAAGGCAAGCCGGCUAGUAACGCGGAUGUCCCCUUGUUUUCCGCCUCGGUUUUAAACGAUAAAAGUACGCUCUGAUAUUUCCCUCUCCUUGGUGGCUUCCCCGGCCGGUUAUUCAGCCCAAAGCGGUCCGGCCACCGAUGACACUUGGGCGUAGAAGCUGUGUGACUGAAUGACGCCGCCCCAAGGUGAAUAGGAGCAAUGUGGAACCACAAGUUAGCUGGAGUGUCCUGUCCGAUGGUGUCGCAGGCUGUUGGAGAGGACACCGGGGGAGAGCUGUCGUCUGCCUGGAAGAGUCUGAGUCAGACCAAAGCGGCUUUACGGCACAUCGAAAAUCGACUGGAGGCGGCCCCCGGCACCACCGUGGCUUUAGAUUCGCUCAUGGACUUGAAGAAGGCCCCCAGCAGCCGCUCCAGGAAGGUCAGCCGCAGAGAUGGACGGAUGGCUGACCCCGCUCUCUCUAAGCCUGCAGCUCACAGUCGCCGCAGCCCAGAAAAGAGCUCCCGCAGUCCCCUGAGGGCCACCACGCUGGACAGCAAUGUCAGAAGACCCAACUGCGUGGAGUUUAGGGAGCCGCUUGCUUCUUACAGGGAGCCAACCUCGCCCUUGCUGACCCCCUCCCAGCUUGAAGCCCAGACCUUGCUCUCGGAGCUCCCUUCCCUCUGUUCUCACGAUGCUCAGCUCAGCAGGCUGGUAUACCUGCGGGACACCCGCGACGAGCAGACCCGCCACUCGGAGAGCAUCCUGUCUUCGGCACUGGACAGCACAGUGGUGCGCUACCUCAACGACCGGUUCGCCCUUGAUGCCCUGCGCCAGCCUCGGUGGGAGGGGCCCCCGGAGGCUCCCCAGUCCUCCAGCCCAGGCUCGGCCUCCCGCCGUCUGGAGUGCUUGAGGCGCAGGCAGCCUGACGACAAGCUGGAGAAGCUGAAGGAGAGGAUCCGGAGGCAGCGUGAGCACCUGGAGGAGGCCGUGGCGGUAGAGGCGAGGAUGGGCGGCCUCGAGCGCCCCCUGCUGGUUGCCAAUGGCCUCGAGAGCACACUGGCCGUCCCCACCGCCAAAGUGCGCAAGGUGGCUGCUGCCCCUCCCGCGCCCGUCUACAAAGGGUUCAACCCCAGUGAGAUGAGGGUCCGCACGUCCGACGGGAGAGUGUGGCAGGAGGAGGAGCUGCGAAAGGCGAGCGGCGAGAUCCACAGGGAAGUGCCGCUGCAGCUGUCAGAAAGCAGAGAGAUCAACCCAAAGCCUACAGGGACGGAGAAGGACGGGCCGAGCGCCAAACCCGUGAGAAAGACCCACAAGGCAGAUUCCAAUCCAGCAGCCUCAGUGAUCAACACCGCAUCCUGGCGGGAGGGUCAGAAGCUGGUGAAAAUGAUUCUCGGCCCGGCGCCCCGUGUCCCCCGCCAAUGUGGACCAGAGACCACCAACUUUAGGGAGAGCCGAGGUCAUCCCCCUCGGGCAAAAUCUGACCCACGGCCCGAGUCCAACAGGAGGCAAAGGGCGAGCAGCACAGAGCAGAACCAAGGCCAGCCGAAGGCAGAUCGGGCCUCCGGUGGCCUGGAGGAGAGGACCCAGAGGGCGGCGGCCGGGGACGUGCUACCCGCUGAUAUCAGAGGGCUCCUGGAUGACCUGCAGCUGGAGACCGCCGAGCAGGUUCCUGCCACGGCCAGCAAGCAGGGGGCAAAAGCGCGUGCCAGGUCGGCGCCGGGGGCCCCUGGCCGGCGUGCCCGUAGCAACAGCCCGGCUCGGGCUGAGGCGGCGGCACCGAAACGCAGGCACUACGACGCGGAGGUGGUGCGGCGUUACAUCGCUCGGCAGCAGGAGGAGCGCCGCAAGCGACAGCAGGAGGAGAAGCGUGCCGCCAGGGAGGAGGCCGAGUGCAGAAGCAGGAGGCUGCACGAACUGUACCAGCGGCAGCGGGGGGGCGCGUCCCGGGCCCCCGAGGCUCCCGUGCACCGGCGUCUGAGGGAAACCUUCACCGAGCUUCUGCGGGAGCAGGCUGGGCCGGAGAGCAGCGGCUUGCAGCCACCGUACCAGCCCUCGGGGGAGUCUGACAAGGAGAAUAAACGUCUGGACAGGCCGCAGAGCGCCUCCUCCAGCAGCGACCUUUCUUUAUCGGACCCUCAGGCCCCUCCUCUCUCCAGGGAGGACUUGGGGGUCGGAGUGGCUUGGAUGCAGCAAGACGGCAUGAGAGCGGCUCACAAAGGCGUCGGCGGCGGCUCGCUGUCCCCCCCUACAGGGCCUACAGGGCACCUCCUCAGCCAGCUGCUGGGCUUGGAAGCAAGCAUAUCGGGGCUGAAGAGAAACAACCAGCAUGCCACCCUAACUGAUGGGCUGACCAAGAGCAAGCAGAGCCGCAUCGAAGCGCUGAAGGCCACGGCCGCCUCCCUGUCCACCCGCAUCGAGACAGAAGCUCGCAAGCUGGCCCUGGCUGGGGCGGCCUACGGCUCCGGCAAGGAUGCGGAUGUGGGGCCGCCGGCACAGACCGACGAACGCUGGGCCAAGCCGGUGAGCCCACCUGUCCGUGACGGCGGGGAACCGCCUCUCGGAGCCGGGCACGAUGUCCCUGAUGGCGCUCUCCCCGGUGUGGGCAAUCUGCAAGACUUCCUGAACAGGGGCGAGAAGGUCGGCGAGAGCAGCAGGCCUCUGGCAGGCACGCACUGGCAGGUGCCAGGCACCGGGCAGCCGCCGAGCCCCCAUGCCUCCAGCAACGGCUCCAUCAGCGAGGGCCCAUUGCUUAGCGAGGGCAGCCUGUCCGAGGGCCACGGGAGCGAGGGCAGCCCCAGGGCCGCGUCCCACCUCGCUGAGUCCCUCGUCUUCCGAGACUUCUGCGCCGCUGAGAUGGACGCCAUCGAGACGCUGGGUCACCUCAGGAGAGAGACCCAGAAGCAGCACUCCUGCCACUCGCAGAGCGAGGGCACGGAGGGCAGGGGUCCCUGGGAGGAGCUGGCCCACGGCAGCCCACACAGUGUCAUCAACAUCUUCACCAAGCAGCUAUGGGGCCACAGCAAAGCCUUUGAGGAGAAGGUAGAGAGGACCUCCUCGCCUUCACUUCCCACUGCAUCUGCCGGGUAUGAGGACGACUUCGUCUCCGGCCCUUGCAGCGGGAGCAGCAGCCGGUCUGAAAAGAGAGCAAACUCUGGGCUCAGCAGCAUUAAUGGGAUCCACAGUCCCCACGAUGAGCCUCUGAGCCGGAGAUCUCCCUUUGACAUCCGUACCCCGGGCUCUCAGUCUCACCGCUCCCUGGGCUCCACACCACUGUCAUCACCAUGCUCAGCAGCUUCUGUCCACAAGAGAGAGAGCGCUCUGGAGCAGACCCUGGUGGAAAAGCAGAAACAAUCCUCUGAUCCCUCCGAGAAUCACUCCAGCAGAGGAUCCCCGAGACGGGGCUCAGCCCCGGGUGUGGGGCACAGCGUGGACUCGGACGGCACACUGCGCAGCUUCUCGGGCCUGUCCCCGCUCAGCUCGGCCUCUGACAGCACGGGGUCCCCCAGGAGCCCGGCACCGUCCUCGUCCGCAUCUCCGCAGAAGACGACGCCAGAUGACAUCGCCUCGGCUCAGAUCGACGGCCGCAAGGCCUCCUCGCCACAGCCCCCCACCACUGGCUGGCCUUCAGCGCCGUCCACUCGGCCCGGGGCGGGGGGCGGUGUGCAGCCUGGGGUCACAGCUGCCCCCCCCAGCGAGCCUCAGUACCCCCCAGCUGCACUGCAGCAGCGCAUGUCUGCCGAACUGAACUACCUGGAGGCCAUGGAGGAGUCAGUGCGACAGCUGGCAGCUGCAGAGCGCCUGAGAGCCGUGGGCCUGGCCCAGCAGGAGGGCGUGUCGCUGGCCCACAUCCUCAAGACUCAGCAGCAAAGGCACGAACAGGAGCUCCUCCGGCUGAAGCUGAAGGCUGAGCAAGAGGAGCUGGAGAGCAGGAGGCAGCUGGAGGAGACGCGGCAGCGGGCCGCACGGGCCCACACCGAGCUGCAGGAGAACAUGACGAGAUCGCAGCAGGUGUCACUGGAGGGCCUGCAGGAUUCAGCCAGGAGGAUGAUGGGCCAGCAGGUGGACGCGGCACGGCACACAGCAGAGGCGUCGCGCCAUAUCAGAGAGAUGACUGAGCUGGCACGCUUGCAGAUCGCGCAGGCUCUCAACGUGCCCUCCACACCGUCCGCUUCACUGCCUGGCCAGCAGAGGGAGCAGCGGCAGCAGCACCCAGCAGCGUCCAAGUCGCCCCCACCUCGCCCUGCUUCUGACAGCAGGAGGCGUGAGAGCUCUCCUGAGAGACGUCAGAUGGAGGACACAGUCUUAUCUUUCAACAGCCCCUUGGAGUCCUUCGCUUCUGGGACACCGGGCCUCAGCAUGGGCAGCAGCACUCAGGUGAGUCCAUCCCUGGCAUCAUGCGACAAGUUGGCAAUCGUCAACCCGGCCAGGGAGGAGAAGAGCAGCACCUCAGUGGAGGAGGAGGCUCACACGGCGGCAGACGAUUCGCUGUGCAGCAACAGCGCCCCCUCCCUGCUGGAUGAGAAGGCAGACACCACCUCCGUUGCCACCGAGUACUCACUGAAGUUUGACGAGUCCAUGACGGAGGACGACAUCGAGGAGCGUUCCUUCCGUUCACUGCUGCCCUCCGAAUCGCAUCGGCGCGUCACCAUGGAGCGGAAGCGUGGUUCCCACGAGGAAUCUGAGGAGGAGGCCAACCGGGAGAAAUCCAGGGAGCUGGACACCAGCAAGGAUGGUGUCAAGCCCUUCUCCAGCGGCCAGAACAGCUUCUCCCGCUUCACCAUGGACAUGGUGCGGCAGUACAUGACGGAGGAGGAGGUGCGGGCGCAGCACCAGAGCUCCCUGCUGCGGCUCCGCGAGAAGGCACUCAAGGACAAGACCAGGGCUGAGCUGGCCUGGCUGGAGCACCAGAAGAGGAGGCUCAGGGAUAAGGGGGAGGAUGACAUGAUGCCACCCUUACGUAAGCGACAGAGAGGCCUUCUGCUGAAACUGCAGCAGGAGCAGGCGGAGAUCAAGCGACUGCAGGAGGCCAACAGGGCGGCACGGAGGGAGAGACAGCUGCUUCUGAAGCAGCAGGAGGAGAUCGAAAGGAUGCGGCACAGCACCAUGCGUCUGAGGGAGCGUCUGAAGUCCGCAGGGGAGGCCAGCGAGGACGCCGCCGUCUCAGAGACAGCCGACGAGGCAGCCGUCCCCAGCCUCAGUGUGACGGACCUGGACACACGCAGCCCCUCCCCGGUCUCCGUCUCAGGCAGCGAGACCAGCAGCAUCAUGCAGAAGCUGAAGAAAAUGCGGUGCCAUAUGGAUGAGAAACACUGCUCUCCUGUCCACUACUUCUUCUCUGUCUUUACGGCUCACCACUGGGCCUCUCUCAGUGUCUGUUUCCCCAACCUCCAUCCCAAAUUCCAGCAGUUUAUCUACAGCCAGUUGGUCAGGUUCCUCACCAAACGCGAGCAGCAGCUCAUGCGCCGGCGUCGCCAUGCGGAGGAGCUGCUGCAGUGGAAGCAGCGUCUGGACGCCGAGGAGGCUGAGGUACGCAGCAUGGAGCAGCGCGCCCUGGCCGCCUGGGGAGGAGAGCGCCCCCAUAGGGUGGGCUCCAGUGGUGCCCCUACCAGCAGCUUCGAUGGAAGGACGCUGAAAGGGCAAGAUGGAGAUCAGUCUCCAGCUGUGACAGUCUCCAGCCAGCCCACUGAGACCUCCGUGCACGAGGAGCUGGACAGUCCUUCAGCAGCGCACCCCGAGUCUGAGGUUUCCUCGCCCCCCAAGGACCUCAGCCAGGGGGAAACGUCCAUCUACUCCGAGGACUUUGACUCAGAGAGCAAGCUGUCUCCACCGUCAAAGACCGGCACUACCAGACACACCGAGAACAGCAGCAGGGGGAAAACGCAUCACCACUCGGGAUCCUGGACUGACCGGCCUGCUUCCAGCGAGUCCCGCUCAGCCCCACAGUCCGAACCAACCUCUGAUCAGAGUGACAUUGAGAGCCGCGUCCGCGCUCUGAAGGAGGAGCUGCGCAAACGCAAGUCCAUCGUCUACCAGCUGAAGAAAGAGCAGAAGAAGCGUCACAAGGAGCGGCUGAAAGCACAAGAGGCCAGCCUGCUCAAGCAACUGGAGUGCUACAAUGACUUCAUUCAGAAGACCAAAGCCGACCUCAGUAAAGACCUGGAGGCGACGCCCACAGCGAAACCUCAGAUAAAAGCCCCCACUUCGGCCACAGAGAAGCCGCGCAUCAAACCCCCACACAUGCAGAGGCCGGAAACAAGGAAAAACUGGAACAUUGUCAAAGAAUCCGAGAAGGAAAAGAAAGAUGACUUCACACAGUUUGACCAUAGUAAAUUUGCACCUAUCCCGAAAGAGAUCUCCCCGGAUGAAGGUCCCCCAGCACUGACUCCAACUCCAGUGCUGGGAAGUCCUGAGCACCUCAGUAGUUUAAAGGACCAUGUUUCAUCUGAACUCCUGUCGAUGUCUGUCCAAGCCGCCAGGCUGCUGCCCAUGGACUCCGGAGAGGAGAGCGUUGUGAGCAUUGUUUCCAGUCAAAGGUCAGAGGUGGAAGAAGACCUGGAACAACUGAAUUCAGACGAGUCAGCGGGUAGAAGUUUUCAUUCCCUGAAACUGGACCAAGAGAUCUCACCUACUGAUCAACAGCAGGACUCCCUGAAGGAAGAUCACUCUGUAAAAUGCAGUGAGCAUGAGAAGAGCCUCCACAUCAAUGACGAAAUAAAGGGAAGAGAGACUCUUGAGGACAAAGACCUUAUGUCUAGCAGUUGGCAGCCUAAUAGAUCAGUAUCUGCUGCUAAGGAGUCCAAGGACCAGCAGCUGCCUGAGAAAGAGACUUCUAACAAGGAAGAUUUGUACACCUCCCAUCAUCUGUCACCAGUGCAGGAGGAUCUAAGUACUACAGCAGAGGUGUGUGUGGACAGUUAUCAUGAUGAUUUUGAAUCAUCAGUGGAGUCCUCACCUCUGGAAGGGUUUAAACCAAGUUCCCCUGCAGAUCCAGAGAAGUGUCCUUAUAGCAAGUCUCCCACAUUUAGCAGUGAGGAAGAAAUUAGUGAAGAGCUUCUUGCAAAACUCAACUCUGCCAGUGAAACCUCCCAUUCUGAGAAGCUUCUAUGUUUACAGGCUCAAGUAGAGCACUUCAUAGAAAUAGUACCAGAGGUUAAGGAUGGUACCCGAAGUCCUGAGCUGUUCCCACCAAGUUCCCCUCCCCCCUCAAAAACUGUGGAUGCAAUGCCUGAUUUUAACAUUGGAGACCGGGUCCUGGUGAGCAACGUGCAACCUGGAACACUUCGGUUCAAAGGGUCGACCAGCUUUGCAAAGGGCUUCUGGGCAGGCGUGGAACUGGACAAGUCUGAGGGAAGUAAUAAUGGGACCUAUGAUGGGGUGGUGUACUUUGAGUGCGAGGAAGGCCAUGGCAUUUUUGCUCCACCUGAUAAGGUAUCACUGCUGUCUGAGAAAUUUGAGGUGAGUUAUGUGGACACCACUGAAGAUGAAGACUCCUCCUUUGAUGACCAGUUUGAUGACAAGUCCAAGAAGAAGCACACAGAAGUCGAAGAUUUGUCUAAACUGAGAACUUCGCAGGUCACAAAAGAGCCCAGGGAAAGCGGUCAUUCAGGAGAUGGAGCGCCCCCUGACUGCAGUGAAGCUUUAGUUGAAUGCUUGAAAAAGCAAGACAUGUCCGAUAAAGACCUGAUUUUACAGUCCGGUAAAUUUGAACUGAGUGACCUCAAAUUAAACACUAAUAAGAAAAUUAAUGGGACGCAGCAUCUGACACCUAACGGGACAAGCAGGAAUAUCAUCUUGGAGCUGGAAGAUGCUACAACCGGUGAUUUUGACCUGUUAAUUACAGAAGUAGGAAAGCAAGACAUAGAAAAGGCCUCCACCCCAUUACUGGAUCUUCUGACUAAAGAGAAAGAGACUUUGGAAGCCCAACAAAAUGAAAAGUUUGAUGCAGAGAAAAGGUUUGACAAGCAAAACGUUAGCUCUCUCACUGAUAAACUGCUCAACAACUUUGUGUCUGAUGCCAUUAGGCAGUUCCAAAAGAUCAGAAAUGAUAAAAAUGAGAAGAUAUUGGCUGCCAGUCAGUUAAAAGGAAAUGACAAAGGCAGACGUGACCUUAAAGAGUUGUCCCCAAACCAUGUCACCACCUGCAAUGCUCAACUGGAGAAUUUACCCAGUUUCAUAGAAGAUGGGCAGGAGGAGAUUUCCUCCCCAGAACUUUGCGCUCGUCCGGAGAGCCCUGUGUUGGGUACUAGUGGUAAGGAGGAGCUGGCCAAACGUCUGGCAGUAUUGGAGCUGAACCGGGAGCUGCUGGAUGAUUUUGGGGAAGAGCAGGACUGGUUUGAUGAGGAUUUUGGCCUCAGUUCCCGCAAGGAACAGCAGAAGCGGCAGCGACAGGAGCCGGCACCUCCAGGCCUCAUGGGCCUCGAGGGAACAGAGCAGGCCAAGGUCCUGGCCAAAUCCGAGCCCCCCCAGCAAGCCAAGCUCCAGGAGGAGCCGGCCAUGGUGGUACCACACAGCGCUCCUGAGGUGGAGCAGCUCGUAAGCGCUGCCACUCAGGUGAUUUGGAGCAGCUGUGACCUGGGCCGCGGUCUGCAGAGUCUGGUUGGAAUAGCUCCACCACAUGCCCCUGAAGAUUACCUAGGCUGUAGUAACCAGGAGCAGGACAUGUUGCAUCUCGGCAAACGCAGCUAUAGACAGACUGUGUUUGACCUGACGUGGGAGAUCAUCCAGGAAAUCUUCUCAGAGAAUAUAGAUGUCCAUCCGCCCCAAUGGGCAAAACCAAGACGUCUGAAUUCCUUGUACUUCCGCCGGGUGAAAUGUCCUGCCGACAUGGCAGAAGUUCAGGCCUUUGUCACCGCUGAAGUAUUAAAACUGUUGGGUUUAAUGAAAGACCAGAACCAGAAAACAGACUGGCAAAAAAUGCUGAAAUUUGGGCGGAAGAAGCGUGACAGAGUGGAUCAUAUUCUGGUCCAGGAGCUACAUGAAGAGGAGUCUCAGUGGGUCAACUACGACAAGGAUGAGCUUUUUGUGAAGAUGCAGUUGGCUGAUGGCAUCUUCGACACCUUACUGAAGGACACUGUCGACGUCUUCAUCCAAAUUCAGGAAAAGCGAGCAAAAACAUCCCUUUCUUAAACGUAAUCCCGUUUUAAACAUGAUGUCAGGCGUUCCUUCGAACUUCUGCACCUUACGUGCCAUUAAUCUCCUGUUGCCUUCGGCCAGACAACUUGAAGACCUUGUCCAAUUUUUUUUUUAAAGCAGUACAUGCUUUUUUUCCACUGAAAAUCAUCAACAAAUUGAAUUCAGCUUCUUGGUCAGUUUUAAAGUGCAUUUUUGGUCUACAUGGCCUGCUCAUCUGACCUCCAGUAUAUCAUGAUGCUGUACUCUUGUUUCUGCAGUGGGGCUCAGUUUGAAUGACCUGUGUAGUUGACCUUUUUGAUCAACGCUGCUAAAUAGUCUCGUAAUUUUAUCAGGGAGAUACUCUCCUGGCUGAUCUCCAGUAGAACUUAAGAUUAAAUAGAGAGGUAUCUAACGUAGCCAGCCAUUUUACUCAGUGAAUGAUGACAAGAUCUCAAACGGAGCACUUCUUUUGGGAAUAGGAGGAAAGCCUUGAAAUUGUAUUAUAUUGUGCAGGAGAUGCAUGAUUUCCAUUGGGUAAAACACUACCUGCGUCCAGUGGACUGUGUUUUAAAUUCAUUUUGAUUACACGAUCUUUUUAAAUAUGCAAGUGAUUUACACGAUGAUUGGGGAAUUCUAAUAACGAACCCCUCCAGUUCAAAAUUAUCUAAUAGAUUUUUUGAAAAAUCUGGGAAGGAGUGCUGGCUUAGAGUCACAUCAGUCAGCGGUUAGAUCAACAAAGCAGACUGAACGUUCGUUUUUAUGCUGGGUGGUUUGAGACGUCUAAACAUGGCAGUGAGGCCAUUGGCCUGGUGCUUUUAGCUGUUCCUGGUCAUGCUGAACAUCUGUUUGCGUCUUGGUUGUGUUCAAGUGCCUCGUUGGGAGGAGUCUGCUUUACUUUUAUUCUUAGUGUAUCCUGCUCUAAUAUUGAUACCUGUACACACACCUACAACAGGUUCAGUUACACGUAACUUUAUUUGUCCUGUUGCUUAUUUCCAUUUACAAAUGGGUGGGGCUCUUCUGCAAUACUCAGCUGCAAAUAACACUUUGCCUAUGACAUGUCAGGGUGAUAUUUGUCACCACCGAGUUCCCUGCGAAAGCCUACCGCAGUACUCUUCUCUGUAUUAUUGGUGAAUGCUACCAACCUUAAAAACACUCUCAAGCCUGUUGCCUUUUCGGAUUUCUGUGAAAGAGUUUCAGCCAUACUUCCAAUGUUGUGUUAAUGAGAGAGCGCUCUGCUCUGUCAUGUACACAAUGGGCACGGCGGCUGCCUGAUGGGUGAGUCCCUCUGGUUCAGAAUAGCGUCUGUACGAGGGCUUGUCCUCUCGCCACCUCCCCUGCCUGUCAAACAGUGUGCUCCGUGUCCUCGCUACACGUUAAUGCUUCCAAGGGGGCAAAGAAUCACCCCGUUCACCAGUCAACUUCACAGGUCAUUGAACAUAAGUGUCCUUAGAUUGCAGGAAUUUUUGCACAAUUUUAUGUCUCUUUUGCCUUUUUUUGCUCAUGGUCACCGGGAUAUUGUCAAGUAAAUAAUUUGUAUGACAUAUAAAGGUCUUGGGAAAGGCGGAUGGAGAUCUGGAGUUUGGCUUCCUCAUCUGCUCAGCCUCAUUCUGGAUACCUGUACCUACCGAGAGCUGUGACGCUCUCAUGCACACCACUGUGAUAUUAAUGGUUACCGACGGGACUCGCACCGUCCACAGGCUGCUGCACUCUGCAGUGUUGCUCUGCCUAGCUAUGCAUUAUUUCUGUAUCUAUAGGCAAAUUAGAGCCACUGGGUUUAGAUAUUUAUGAUAGACCUUGCAUAUCACCUCAGAGGAGUAAGCUCAGUGUUAAAAAAAAAAAAAAAAAAAAAGAUUAUGAUGAUGAAGGCACCUUCUGAAUACCUGCUAGGUACGUAAAUAUAACCUUAGUCUGAUUGUAGCAGGUGCACCCAAGCCUUGUGGGAAUAUUGCCAGACUGGACCUGAAAUGUCUGACACCAGUCCCGCCCAAAGAUCUGAGAUUUUGAACACAAAUGGUCGAUUUCCCUGAUGCGUAGUUUAAAGGCGUGUUGUAAUUCAGAAGUGUGCAACUAUUUAUAAGGACAAUGUACUGUGAGUGAGACUUGGAGGUGUGUAUAAUAUACCAUUCUCUCUAGUUCGGUUAAGCUCACCAAUAAGGUUGUAAAGUUGUUGUAAAAUCAGGUUUUCUUUGUGAAUGCAAAUAUGUAUAUAGUAUACAUAUCUAUUUGAAUAAAUUCAGCUUUGAAAUUGUAAAUAAAGGGGUUCAUAUGUCUC